AUGGCCCUGGACGGCGAGCGGGGGGAGCAAGAGGAGGAGAAGAAAAAGAAGAAGAAGAAAAAGAAGAGGAAGAAGAAGAAGGAGGAGGAGGAGGAGGAGGAGGGGGCUGAGAAGAGCAGCUCACCCUUCGCUGCCACGAUGGGGGAGAACGACGCCGCGCUCCGGGCCGGCGGCAGGGGGCUCUCGGACCCCUGGACGGACUCCGUGGGGGUGCGACCCCGCACCACCGAGCGCCACAUCACGGUGCACAAGCGGCUCGUGCUGGCCUUCGCCGUGUCUAUCGUGGCGCUGCUCGCGGUCACCAUGCUCGCGGUGCUGCUCAGCUUGCGCUUCGACGAGUGCGGAGCUAGCGCAGCGCCGGGCGCCGACGGCGGCCCCGCCGGCUUCCCCGCGCGCGGCGGCAACGCCAGCCUUCCGGGUUCGGCCCGGCGCAACCACCAUGCCGGCGGAGACUCCUCGCAGCCCGAGGUAGGCGGGGAGGCCACCCCUGGGACCCCGUCAGCCCGGCCGCCGUCGGAGGAGGAGCGGGAGCAGUGGCAGCCGUGGACGCAGCUGCGCCUGUCGGGCCACCUCAAGCCGCUGCACUACAAUCUGAUGCUCACCGCCUUCAUGGAGAACUUCACCUUCUCCGGGGAGGUCAACGUGGAGAUCGCGUGCCGGAACGCCACCCGCUACGUCGUGCUGCACGCCUCCCGGGUGGCGGUCGAGAAGGUGCAGGUGGCCGAGGACCGGGUGGCGGGGGCUGUUCCGGUGGCCGGCUUUUUCCUCUACCCGCAAACCCAGGUCUUGGUGGUGGUGCUGAAUAGGACCUUGGACGCGCAGAGGAAUUACAACCUGAAGAUCAUCUACAACGCCCUGAUCGAGAACGAGCUCUUGGGCUUCUUCCGCAGCUCCUACGUGCUCCACGGGGAGAGAAGGUUCCUUGGUGUUACUCAGUUUUCGCCUACACAUGCCAGAAAGGCAUUUCCUUGUUUUGAUGAGCCAAUAUACAAGGCUACUUUCAAAAUUAGCAUCAAGCAUCAAGCAACCUAUUUAUCUUUAUCCAAUAUGCCAGUGGAAACUUCCGUGUUUGAGGAAGAUGGAUGGGUUACGGAUCACUUUUCACAGACCCCUCUCAUGUCUACAUAUUAUUUAGCCUGGGCAAUUUGCAACUUCACAUACAAAGAAACUACCACCAAGAGUGGGGUUGCAGUACGAUUAUAUGCAAGACCUGAUGCUAUCAGAAGAGGAUCUGGGGACUAUGCUCUCCAUAUAACAAAGAGAUUAAUAGAAUUUUAUGAAGACUACUUUAAAGUGCCCUACUCCUUGCCAAAACUAGAUCUUUUAGCUGUGCCUAAGCACCCGUACGCUGCUAUGGAGAACUGGGGACUAAGUAUUUUUGUGGAACAAAGAAUACUGCUGGAUCCCAGUGUUUCAUCUAUUUCUUAUUUACUGGAUGUCACCAUGGUCAUUGUUCAUGAGAUAUGUCACCAGUGGUUUGGUGACCUCGUGACUCCUGUGUGGUGGGAAGAUGUGUGGCUGAAGGAAGGUUUUGCUCACUACUUUGAAUUUGUUGGUACGGACUACCUCUACCCUGGCUGGAACAUGGAAAAACAGAGGUUUCUGACGGAUGUUCUGCAUGAAGUGAUGCUGCUUGACGGCUUGGCCAGUUCCCAUCCAGUAUCACAGGAAGUGCUACAGGCAACAGAUAUUGACAGGGUGUUUGACUGGAUCGCCUAUAAAAAGGGUGCUGCUCUAAUUAGAAUGCUGGCUAAUUUUAUGGGCCAUUCUGUAUUUCAGAGGGGUUUGCAAGAUUAUUUAACCAUUCAUAAGUAUGGCAAUGCAGCCAGAAAUGAUCUCUGGAAUACACUAUCAGAGGCUUUAAAAAGGAAUGGAAAAUAUGUAAAUAUACAAGAAGUAAUGGAUCAGUGGACACUCCAGAUGGGUUAUCCUGUUAUCACCAUCUUGGGAAAUACAACAGCAGAAAAUAGAAUAAUAAUUACCCAACAACAUUUUAUUUAUGACAUCCGUGCUAAAACUAAAGCGCUUGAACUUCAGAAUACCAGUUACUUGUGGCAGAUUCCAUUAACUAUUGUGGUAGGAAAUAGAAGCCAUGUGUCUUCAGAAGCAAUUAUUUGGGUGUCUAACAAAACAGAGCACCACAGAAUAACUUUGGACAAAGGAAGCUGGUUGCUGGGGAACAUCAAUCAAACUGGCUAUUUUAGAGUCAACUAUGAUUUAAGGAAUUGGAGAUUAUUAAUUGAUCAAUUAAUCAGGAACCAUGAGGUUCUCUCUGUCAGUAACAGAGCAGGUUUGAUCGACGAUGCCUUCAGCCUAGCCAGAGCUGGCUCUUUGCCUCAGCAUAUUCCCCUGGAGAUUAUCAGAUACCUGUCUGAGGAGAAGGAUUUUCUUCCUUGGCAUGCUGCCAGCCGAGCUCUCUAUCCUCUAGAUAAAUUACUGGACCGCAUGGAGAAAUACAAUGUCUUCAAUGAAUAUAUUUUAAAGCAAGUUGCAGCAACAUACAUCAAGCUUGGAUGGCCAAAAAACAAUUUUAAUGGAUCUCUUGUUCAAGCAUCCUACCAACAUGAAGAGCUACGUCGAGAAGUUAUAAUGCUGGCAUGCAGUUUUGGCAACAAGCACUGUCAUCAGCAGGCAUCAACACUUAUUUCAGAUUGGAUUUCCAGCAACAGGAACAGAAUACCACUAAAUGUUAGAGACAUCGUCUACUGUACGGGAGUCUCACUAUUAGAUGAGGAUGUCUGGGAAUUCAUCUGGAUGAAAUUCCACUCUACCACAGCAGUUUCUGAGAAGAAAAUAUUAUUGGAAGCCUUAACUUGCAGUGAUGAUAGGAACUUAUUAAAUAGGCUUCUGAAUCUAUCACUAAAUUCUGAGGUGGUGUUGGAUCAAGAUGCAAUUGAUGUGAUAAUUCAUGUCGCUCGAAAUCCACAUGGCCGAGACCUUGCCUGGAAGUUUUUUAGAGACAAAUGGAAGAUAUUAAAUACCAGGUAUGGGGAGGCAUUAUUUAUGAAUUCUAAACUCAUUAGUGGAGUUACAGAAUUUCUUAAUACUGAAAGUGAACUCAAAGAGCUGAAGAACUUCAUGAAGAAUUAUGAUGGAGUAGCUGCUGCCUCUUUCUUGAGAGCUGUGGAGACCGUUGAAGCCAAUGUGCGCUGGAAAAUGCUCUAUCAGGAUGAGCUCUUCCAGUGGUUGGGAAAAGCUCUGAGACACUAAUAGCUCUAUUAUAAACAAUUCAACUCAGAAUUUUGGGAGAAAACUGCUUUAUAUGGAAUGAGGAAAAUGUGCUAUGUGGAAAAUGGCCAGAUUUUCGGUGUUAACGUGUGGGAGGACUUUUUUUUUUAAUUUUUGGUUUUGGGGGAUUUUUUGUUUGUUUCAUUCAUUCUGUUUUGUUUCUCUACUGGGUGUUCUUCUCUAAAGAAACUCUUGCAAGUGAAACUAGCCAUGAUUGCUUCAGCUGUACAUUCCUUGCUGUACAGGACCAAAUAUGAUAGUGGUGCAUGUUGAUGUUACAGUCAGUUUGGAAAAACAUAUUCAGAAUAUUUUGUGCAUGGUUGUGUGGUCCUGCCUGUGUUCAGCAUGCUUAUUUAAAAUGUCCAAUGUUGUACGUGAAUAUCUGUUACAUCCAGGAUGGGCAUUAUACAAAAGCACAAAGAUUACCUAUGACAAUCAGUGUUGCGAUGAAAGAAAAACUAAAAAGGAAUUAUAUUCUUAGUCCUGGGCGAUGUGAGAGGUAAAACAGCCCUUGAAGUGACCAGUGUCACUUAUUUCAGCACUUGGAUUGUCUUGCAAUGAUUCCUGUGUUACUAACUCAUUUUCUUCGAGUUAAAGCUGUGUAUACGUUUAAAAAGGCAUAUAGAUAGUGUAUGCAUAUGUAUAUGUACAUAGGGAAACCCUGUAUGUAUAUAGUAUGUUGCACACUGCACUUGUGCAAAGGAUCUCUUCAAAGAAACUUUAUCUCUUUUUAUAAACUUAUGCAAACUUUGAAAAAGCUUAAAGGAAUUUAUCUCAACGCUAUUCUUCAUGACAAUUUCCUGACUAAAUUUCUCAACUGUUAUAGAUUUUUUCAUCUACUUCCUGAACAGUGGUCUAUUCUACUACGUGAAAAUGAAUUCAAACAAAAUUUAUGUAUAAACACUCUUCUAAUUCUCUAAAGUGGCAGCCUCGUAUCCUAAAUAUGGAUUCUGUCAUCAUUUUGGUCAAACUUCCCAUUGCAUCAAACAAUUGUGCACACUUAAGAAUUCUCACCGCUGAGAAGGUGUUUCUUUUCCAUCUUGUUUGUUUUUCCAUCUCAUGUUGGGUGGUCCAGAGGGUUGAAAAUUCUCUCUUGUGUGUUGGUCUUUGUGUCUGUGUCGAUCUAAUCCUCCAUUAAGUAACCGUACCUCAAGUACGUCUGAUACCAUUUAAUGACCUUUGAUGCCAGUUGUGCGUCCGUUCUGAUGAAAGUUACUUUUCUUGAGGAAAGCUCUUCCUUUGGCAUUGACAGCUGUCUUCCGCCAGGGAAUUUUAAGUAGCCCUUCCCAUGGCUGUGUGUUAUGUAACACAAGUGCUUAUUUUGCAUGGCAUUCUCACCCAGUAGGCCAGCUCUCCAAACGUUGCUUAGAUGCUCCAAAAUGAACAUAUUUUAAGUUUGCCGUUAUAAAAUACCAGCACAACUACUGGACCAAAGCUAAAAGUAUGUGGACCGCUUUCUAUUUUCCUGAGGUUCUCCACUCUUCCACAUCUCCUUGCAAAUUAUUGAGAAAGAUCUAUUCUAACCGUCACUGAACACUGGGAAAAAAAAAUAGGUGUUUUAAAACCAGAGUCAUAGAUUUAUUUUGAGUUUAAUAAAAAGUAGCAAUUUCCAAAUCCAUUGAACAAGUAUCACCUAAAAUUGAAUUUUAUCUUUUUUGCAAUUAAUAUCUAUUACUCAUACCUAAAUUUUUCAGCACUUCAUUCAAUUAAAACAUGUGAAUUUUAAAUACACUAUGUGGAUUUAGUGAGACAUAGUAAUACUUAGCAUUAAAUCUAAAAGUCGUCCCACCUAUCAGAAGUCAUGUAAUUUAACUAGUACUUACACAUAUGUAAACUCCAUAAGAGACAAGUUCUGGACAUAACAACAAUAAAUAUCACACUGCCGUAAGGGUCCAAAACAUGUACUGUAUGAGCAUUGGAUUCAUGUAAUAGAGAUAAAUAGAUAAAAAAUUAGAGGUGGAUGUCUUAUUUUGUGUCAUGAAUUACUGAAAAUUCUUAGUUGUGACAUUCUUUUGAGCAAAAUCAUAUUUCCAGAUUUGAGUUAGAAAGGCUUUUAUAGUUCUUUUUCCUCCCCACUGUUAAUAAUCUCAAUCCUCUUUCAGUAUUUUAGUGGCCUUGAACAACUGGUUUAGCUACAAUGUCAAAUCCUAAAUGUGUAAAUUAUGUGCAAUGUUCAAUACCUCAUAGAAUGUUUGUUAAACGGUAUAAUAGUAUCAAUGGCAUUGAGAUGGGAUUUCUGUUCUACAUAUUUUUCAAUAAUUUGUCCUUUCCAAUGUUG